AUGGAUGUAAUGGACGUGGACCCACUGAGCCUCUUUAAAUUUACUAGGAAAUACGAUCGAGUCUAUCAAGAAGCAACUGACAAGGAGGUCGAAGAUGCAUACGAAGCAUAUAAAGAAUUUUUUUAUAAAUACCAUCAAGACAACCCUGGAACAACCACGGAUUGUUAUAAGGAAUAUCUUAAAACUCUUGAUAAACAAGGUAAACAACACGUUUAUUGGAUAGAGGAGCAACGGGGAGAAGAGUUUGAAUACUGGUUUUAUGCUCAAUUGGG